ACGUCUGCGAACCGAACGAGUCCGUCGGACUUUGGUUGCUCUCGUCGCGCAUCGCAAACAAGAUGGCGGACGGGACGCCGCAGGCCGAGUUCAACAUCCCUUAUCGUGAAGUGAAGGGAUUCACCAGGCUAGGCGUGCGUGUCCUGAGAUUUCCAUACCAGGUGCCCGACCGCGCAAGAUGUAAACAUUGCAACUGCAUUCCGAAAAGAAUAUAUCACCUUCUGUGCCCUCACCAUGGCCUCUGUUUUGACUGCAAAAAACAUUGCAAUGGAUAUUAUUGCGAUGAAUGUUGUGUAAACACAGCGCCUGAACAACUUGGCGCAAUCUGUUCUGAUUUCAACCUUCCGGGUAUACUUCAGCAAGUCCAAUGUGACGUAUGCCACAAGGUGCUUCUCCUUGGAGAGCUGGAGGAACACCUCUUUGAGCACACUAAUCAGGGUGACGUGGAGUGUUCGAAAGUUCAAGAAACGACAAAUCAGCAUGAGGAUGUAUCGGAAAAGCCACUGCGAUUUUCGGAUGUUGUCAGUGUAAGAUGCGACAUCUGCAACGAGAUUGUCAAGAACAGCGACUACGUAGAACAUUUGAAGAGGCAUACUCAAGAGCGGAACAAUCAAUGCGAUCCAAUAGUUCAAGAGACGCCGAAUCAGGACACCGCUAUGGAAUUCGAAGAAACCGGGAGUGACGAGACGCACCCCCACACCGACUACAAGGAGCACAGUUUAGACGGGGUAUGCAACGUGACCUUGGAAUACAAAAAUGCAAAACACAGGUCUGAGUGUCCGAAGAUCGAAAGGAAGUGCUCCGACUGCGGCGUCAACGUUCUCAACGAAAACCUUCAAAAUCAUCAAGACAUGGAGUGUCAGAAUCGACUAGUCCUUUGUGACGCCUGCAACGGUGCAGUGUUUUAUCAUACACUUGGCGAUCAUGGCCAAGAAUGCCUCGAGAAACCACUGGUCUGCGAGGACUGUAAGGGUGAGAUACUCAGGAAGGAUGAGUCCAAGCAUGCCUCCGAGUGCCCAAUGCGUGCUGUGUGCUGCGAGAACUGUGAUGGAUUUUAUCCCUACUCUUCAGAAAAGGAACACAGGGAGCAUUGUGGAAAAAAGAAACUUGCUUGCGAGUACUGCACAUUGGAACUGAAAGGCAAUGAGGAAAAAGAUGCGCACCUUAAAGUCUGCGAAGAGGCUUUGAUUGAAUGUGCUUUUAAAGGCUUUGGAUGCAACAAGAAAGCCCCGAGGAAAGAGAUGCAGAAACAUGAGAAGGACCCACACAAUGCACUUCUUAGUCAAGUAAUCCUUGAGCUUGAAAAAAGAAUCGAGAGCCUGGAACGGCCGCUCACCGCCCUCGUUAAAAAACUUCGCAAUUCGGAUUCGGUGGGAACCAGUCAAUGAUCGCCGACCGAAAGAAACUGCACUGGGCAAUGUUGUGCAAGGAAAAUUGUCGAUACGAAGGGUAUUGUGAAGGUCUUCAAAUAUCUAGCGGUGGUUCGAUUUUUUCAGGAGCAUUACCAUUUUUUGUUUCUUGCUGUAAAACUUUUGACGAAAUAAACAUUUGAAGAGUUU